AUGGAACGAGUUCGUCGUUUAUUUACUAAAACAAAUACAUAUCGUCGAUUAUCUGAAAUACCUUCAUUAUCAACAUUUGGCAAUUUUGCCAAUAAAAAUAAUAAUAUGAUUACACAUAAUCAAGAUCAUUCAAAAAAAUCUAGUAGUGUUUUUGAAAAACUUGGACAAAGAAUAAACACUAUUAAAGAAGAUAUUGCUGAUAAUAUUGAACGUCGUAAACAAUCACAUAUUAAUGCUAAUAAUAAUCAAAUACAUUUUAUAACACGUCCAAAUCAAUCAGAAGAUUCAUUAACUAUUGAAAAAAAAUCAUCAACACCAAUUGAAAUUCGUCAAAGACAUGCUUCGGGUGAUGAUAAUUCGACUCCAGAACGUUCAUUUUCAACAUCACAAUUAACAACAACUAGUACAAAAAAAGCAUUAAAUGAACCAUCAAGUAUUCCAACAACAGAAACUAUUCUUAGUAAUUCAUUUCAAGAUAUAUUUUCAACAGAAAAUAGUGAACGAGCAAAAGAUAUGAUUAUAAAUAAUGUACGUCAAGGAAUGAAUCGUAGUCAUAGUGGAGUACUUAAUGAAAGUAGUUCAGAUGAUUAUGUUAUUAAAAAACCUGAUUUAAUUGAAACAACAAUUAAAUCAAAUAUUAUAAAUAAUGAUCAAAAUAAACGAAAAUUCACUAUGUUAUUAGCUGGACCAAAAUUUCGUCAACAUACUAUUGAAUCACAAUCGAAUUUUAAACGUGAUACAAUUUAUCCAAUAUCGUUUAUUGUUGGUAUUAUUUCAAUAAUAAUCAUAUUAUGGAAACCAAUAUCACCACUUCUUAGUGGUUUUAUUCUUGGUUUUAUAUGUGCUUCAUCUAUUGCUUAUAUUAUUAUACGAAUGUAUCUUAAUACCAAAUCUAAUGAAUUAAAUGCACACGAAUGGAUAGAUUUUCCAGAAUUAGAAUCUAUACUUCAAGAAAAAAUAACUAAAAUAGAUAAAUAUAAAAGUUUACCUAUAUGUUGUGAAAUUGUUUUUGGUCAAUAUGAUCAUGAUCAAGAUGAACAAUUUAUACGAUAUCCAGUUGUUAUGUGUCUUGAUAAUGAUCAUCUUAUUAUUCAAUUACCAACAAGAGCUAAAACAGAAGAAAAAAAAGAUAAAGAAAUUAGAUUUGUUGGUCAUCGAGAAUAUUUAAUUAAAGAUGCUAAAUUGAUACUUGUUCCUGAAGCAACAUUAUCUCGUAUAAAAUAUUGGGUAAAUGAUUAUCCUAUUGUAAUACAAAAUACAGAAAUAUUAAAUAAAGAAAUAACUAAUAAACAAAAUUAUGAAAAAUCAAAAUUUGAUGUUGAAGAAUUUUUUAAUAAUUCUCAAACAACAUUAAGUAUUUUCUUUGAAACUUGUCCUGAUAAAGAAGAUUGGUUUUAUAAAUUAUUAUUUGCUUCACGUAAAAAUAAAGAAGAAAUUGAAGGUCCUCAUUGUUCAUUAAAUAAUUCAUCACCAACAUUUCAUUCAAUUUCUUCAAGUAGUUCUGAUACACAUAUUUCAACAUUAAGUUCUCGUUCUAUUUCUUCAAAACAAUCGAAUAAAAUUAAUACUGACAAUUUCAAACGAAAAAAAUCCGAUGAAUCAAUUGGAUCAUCAUAUUCUGAUAUAAUAUCACUAGAAAAAAUUCAAAUCAAUGAAAUGGAUAUUAUUAAUGAUAUGACACAAGCUCGUAUUGGUGCUCAAGAAUUACGUACAGAUAUAUUAGAAAAAGAUAAAAAACAAAAUGAUAAAGAUUCAGAUAAAGAUUCAUCUAAUUUACAACGUACAGGAUCACUAAAGAAAAAAUUUCGUAAACAACAAGAAAAUCUUGAUCGUAUACUUAAUUCAUCUGAUUGUCUUAAUGAAGCAGCUAUAACAUUAAAUUUUCUUGUACGUCGACUUUUUUGUGAUAUUUUUCAAGAAUCAUUAUUUAAAGAUUUAUUAAAAGAAAAAAUUGAACUUAAAUUAAAAGAACUUGCUGUAAGUGUACUUGAAGAUCUACAUGUUGAAACAAUUGAUAUGGGUAAUACAUUUCCUAUUAUUCUUAAAGUUGAACCAAUGCAAUGGAAUAAUAAAGGACUUUGGUUUAAUUUAUUUCUUUUCUAUCGAGGUAGUUUCAAAAUUACAAUUCGAACUCGUAUAGUUCUUCAAAGAUUACUUAAUACAAAUACAACUAGUGAUCCAACAAUGUAUUAUCAACAUCGUUCAGGUCAAGUUGUAUAUAAAGAUGAUGAUAAUGAAGAUACUGUUCAAAAACAAAAAUUAUUAACUAAAGAUCCUGACAUACCUGAAAAUGCGGCUGCACGAAAAUUAGGUUUGAUAUUAACAAAAGUAGCUGGAAAUAAACAUUUUCAACGAUUUGCUGCUUUAAAACCUGUUGCUGGUGUUAUAGAAAAAUUAUCAAAUGCUGAUGUUGGUGCAAUUAUUGAACUAAUGAAUUUUAAUGGCAUUAUGACAAUUAAUAUUCCACCACCACCAAGUGAUCGUAUAUGGAUUGGUUUUUCUGAAAUGCCUGAUUUAAAUCUUAAAGUAACGCCAGUAUUUGGUGAAAGUAAAUAUUCAUAUACAUUAAUUCAUGAUUUUCUUGAAUCACAAAUUCGAGAUGAAAUUAAACGUCUUCUUGUUCUUCCAGCAAUGGAUGAUCAAUUAUUACCAUUUUUUCGUGAUUGGGUUAUUGAUAUGAUGAGUGAUAUAGCUACAAAAACAUUGAAUAAAAAUCUUAAUCAAGCUAACGGUGUAGAGUCUUAA